GGGUCGGGAACCAAGAUCGUUCCCAGUGUCAUCGCCUUUUGCACAGCAUCGUCGAUCGAAAUUCGGAGUGCAAAUAUGAAGUUCUCCACAGCAUCUGGCGUAGUUGCUCUUUCGGCGUUGGCUGUUGGCCAAGCCGCCGCUGAGGAUGUGUUGUACAGCAGGCACCUCGCAAAGCGUCAACUCAGUGCUGAGGGGAACUACAACAUCACGUUCUUUCACGUCAACGAUGUCCACGCCCAUCUGGAUGAGUUCUCAUCGUCAGGUACUGACUGCACUCGGCCCGAGCGAGGCUGCUACGGUGGUUAUGCUCGUAUCAAGACCGUAGUUGAGGAGCAGCGACCCAACUACAACAACAGUCUCUGGUUGAACGCUGGUGAUGAGUUUCAAGGUACUCUCUUCUACUCUUUCUACGGCGGCGAGAAGAUCGCCGAGACGUUGAACCAGAUGAAUUUCUCGGCCAUGACUCUUGGCAACCACGAGUUUGAUGGAGGUGACGAAGAGCUCGGGCAGUUCUUAGUCAAUUUGACCUUCCCUGUCAUUUCUGCGAACAUCCAGUCGCAGAAUGAAAAGGUCAACAAGACUAUUAAGCCAUACCACAUUUUCCAGGAGCAUGAUUUGGCUCUCAUUGGAGUGACCACCGAUGAGACGCCAGGUAUUUCGAAUCCAGACGAGACGACUGUCUUUUCUGACGUUGUUGAGGCCGUUCAGGGCGCUAUUGAUGAGAUCAAGUCCACUACCAACAUCACCAGGAUUGCUGCUAUCACCCACAUUGGCUACGAAAAGGACCAGGAGCUUGCUAAGGCUACCAAGGGUCUUCAAUUGAUCAUGGGUGGCCAUAGCCAUACACUUCUUGGCGAUAUGGAGGAUGCUGAGGGCAAGUAUCCUACCAUCGUCGAUAAUGCUGAUGGCGAAGAGGUCUUCGUCGUUACUGCCUACCGCUGGGGCGAGUACAUUGGUGAUAUUGAGGUCACAUACAAUACUCAGGGCAAGAUCGUCGCGUACCACGGAGCUCCCAUCCAUAUCACCAACACCACCAAGCAGGACGAGGGCCUCCAGGCUCAAAUCGAGUCAUGGCGCGGCCCUUUCGAGGAGUUCGCUGCCGAAGUCCUCGGUACCAGCGAGGUCGAGCUCGACCAGACUACCUGUCGCCGUCAGGAGUGCCUGCUCGGUGACUUCAUGGCUGAUGCUAUGCUCACUUAUCGCAAGAACAACACAGACGAUGUUGAUUUUGCCAUCAUCAAUGCUGGUGGUAUCCGUGCCACCAUUGACCAGGGCAAUAUCACCCGCGGCGAGGUCCUUACUUCUUUCCCCUUCGGCAACGCCAUUGUCCAAAUCGAAGUCGACGGAAAGUACCUCUGGGAGGUUCUCGAGGGCAUCAUAACCGGUGUCAAUAUUGCCAAUGGCAAGGAUGUCACCUCAUUCUUCCAGGUCUCCACCGGUAUCAAGGUCGAAUACAACCCUGAGAACAAAAACGGCAGCAAGCUUGUUGCUGUCACGAUUGGCGACCUCCCUCUUGACAACAGCACCAAGUACCAGGUCGUCACCCUUGACUUCAUUGCUGGCGGUGGUGACAACUUCUUCACUCCGACUACCGAAUUCGUCGCCCUUGACACCCAGGAUGAGGUCCUCACUCAGUACAUUCAGGCGCAGUCCCCUGUAAAUAUCCAGCUCGACCAGCGUAUUGAGGUUGUCGAUCGCCAGCGCAACGCGACAGGUGGAGGCAACGGAACUGCCAGCGAGUCUACCCCUUCCGGCACUGGCAGCUCAUCCCCUGAAUCUACCGGUGCUGCUGCGCACGUUGCUUCUGGAUUCGUUAGCGCUGGCAUCUUCGCCACACUUGCCGGUCUUCUGAUGCUCUAGACGAGCCACAACGAUGAUGUAAUACAAAAGUCCCGGGUCGUUUAGCGAUGCAUAUAUCAAUCAAUAUCAUCUCUCAAUACUUCAUUAGGUGACCAGGUCCCGUGCUUGUCUGGAACGACUGUUGGAAUGUUUGUGGCUUGUAGGUGAUUGUUGAUUUCGCCGUGUAUCGAACUUAUAGUUUGCUCGCGGAUGAGCAAUGCCCAGUCUCCGCAUUUAAGGAUGUUGAUGGUUUUCAAAUGUUUUGCUCAUGAUAUCCAUCCGGCAGAGUCUAUAAAUCCUCUACUUUGUAAGCGUCGGACAUGUGAGUGUCACAACUUUUCAAUCUUUGCUUGCAUUCGCUGAUCUUCAUCAGUGCACCCUUCCACACUGCUCUUAUAUAUGGAAAUACCAAUCUCAU